UCCUCCUUACUUGCUUGCUAGCAAUAUUAGUGAUAGCUGACAGCAGGCAAGACAGCACAAGAGGUGAGAGGAGAACUGAAAUCUGUACAGACACGAUUUCUCAAUCAGAGAGAAAAAAAUAACAUGCAGUAGCAUAGUUCAGAGAAUGCUAUUCAUUCUUUAUUUUGAAUUUGUGCUGAGAACACAUUUUCCAUCCAGCAUCCCACACGAGCCAAAGAGGACUGUACAAAAAUCCAACCUGAGCUACUGGAUGGUUGACUGAGCCGAUACAGGAGCAUUUAAAUUCAAGUGCGCCUUUCCUCUCACAUCAGCCCCUUUGACCUUUAGCCUUUACAUCCCAGGUGGAGUGCAAUCUGGUGGGAUGUCGGAGGCCGGUGUGGGUACCUGCCCCCAGGUGUUUGUGGUGGACAGCCAGGCCAACUACGUCACCAGCACAAAGAAACCGAGGUGGGGAAGAGCGGGCCAAAGGUUGCUUCUGCCACUGGUGGUUCUGGCUGUUCUGGGACUCAUUAUUGAGGGAUUUUUAAUCCACAAGCUUUAUCAAAAAACUGAGGCACUUUCUCUUCCAAGAUCUCAUUCUCUCUGCCAGAAUCUGUCCAAUCCCCAAACAUCUGGCCAGAUGGGUGGCACCAUGACUCAAGUGGGAUCUAAAGAGUCUAAUGAUAUCCCCCCAGUGACGACACAGGCACAACAGAGACCGUUUGCUCACUUGAUGGGUCCUAGUAGUCCUGCUGGGGAGAACAACGUGGUGCAGUGGACUAAAGAAGAUGAAGCCAUCACCCAAAACAUGAAAUAUGAGAAAGGACAUCUGAUAAUUGAGAAGGAAGGUUACUACUACCUCUACUCCAAGGUGCAAUUAAAUACUGCAGAAGAGUGUGAACUUAUCCAGCACAGGGUCAUGAAAGACACCAGCGCUUAUGGCCAUGCUAUAGAACUAAUGAAAUCAAAAAGUUUCCACUGCUGGACCCCAAAACCUACGACUGCAAAAACUUCUGGAAAGGAGGAUAUGUGGAAUAAUUUCCUGGCUGGGAUUUUCCACCUGGAGAGUGGAGAUAAAAUUUUUGUCACACUGGACAAAAUAAAGAAGUUGCGUCCAGGACUUACUGAAAACUUCAUGGGGGCCUUUAUGAUAUUUCCUUAGAGCCUUAUAGAAAUUUGUAUGUCCAGCUUUGUGAUCAUAUCCUAUGUUUCUCUGAGUUAAUUUACACCAUAUGUUGUGUGUGUGUUUUUUAAAAGAAAGUGUAAUAUAUACAAAAUACAUAAACUAAUAUAUACUGUAUUUGAUGUAUUUGAAUUAUAAAAUAUGAAAAACAACAAAUAGUUGUGAUAUAAAAAAAAAGUAUCUGAUAUUCAGGUUGUAUAAAGAUACUUGAUUUUUGCUACAUAGUGUGUUGUGUUAAUAAAAUACUGUUUUUUAUCGAACAAAAUGAAAACUGGCA